UGCUGUGUGAGGAUGUAGAUGUAUGCUGUUGAGGGAAGAUCGACCGGCCAGGGAACGUCACAUAAACCAUCAGAGCGUCACAAGAUCACCACUGAGCGAUGAUGCUUCACCGAUUUGGCCUGCUGGCCUGAUUCCGUAGCCAAGAGCGACCAUGCUGCAGCAAUAGUCCGCGUAGGCUUGCUAAAACCUGAGCAUUGUCAUUGUUCCUUCGCCGCUGCAGCUCAGCAUCGCAGGCGUUCGUAUCCAAGGCACAGAUGGUCGCUGGAUGCAAUGUUGUAUGAUACACGAUUGCACAGCUUUGCGCCUCACCUAGAUACAGUAAUUCCACACUCAGCCACAGCAAGUGAAGACAAGUGUGACGACGGAAGGUAGACCUGUUAGACGUAGCUGUGCCACGACACGAAGGAGACUGGGAAGCUGGGGUAGAUGGACAGGCACUGAGGCAGUCAGCCCAACACUGCAUGCGCACUGCUGACACAAGCGACAACCGAUGAGUAUUGAGUGCGCACGUGAAGACGGGCAAAAUCCACAGUGGACUUAGUUACCCGUGAAUGGUUGAAGUUAGUUCGCUGCCUCGUCCAUGCUUCUUGUAGGGGCCAUUGUUGGGCAGUAGUCUGUCACUGCGAAUGUCUGGUCUCAGAGCAUUUUCCUUGCUAGAAGAGAACGUUAGGUAAACUUCGCGAGGGUACACGGCUACGUUUCUAGUAAUUUUAGUAGUAGUUGCUGAACCUUUGUAGUUGUACAGUGACCCUGUCACCAUGCUAUCCAUUGGUGGGAGUAGAGCUGCUGCUGCUGCGGCUGCUGCUGCUGAGAAAGCCAAGGAAAGCAGCGCUGUGGCCACUGGCCCCGGAGGUCACACACACCAACAACACCCACAGCAGCAACAGCAGCAGCAAGCGGUCUUGACGCGAGAGCAGCUGAGAGAUUUGAAGCAGAUUGACACCAUCCAUCGCUGCCUGCACUUCGUGAAUAGUCGUGGUGUGCCGCUGCACGGGGUGACCGCAGAGGACGUGGUGAGUGGCAGCCUGGAGGACAAGCUACGUCUCUGCCAUUCUCAUCAGCUUGGCCGACCUAUCGAUAAACCGGAGGAAGUCACGUCAACAAUGAAGCCCAUACAGCAAUUCUUCAGCAGGGCAGAUGCUGGACGAGACCGACACGUCGGCAGCAGUGCAGAUGGAAAGAACAAAGAUGAUGCAAGAACUGGAACAUCGCAAAAGACAUCAUCUAAACCGCGCACCGGCAAUCCACCUCCAAAAGAGUCACAGAAAUCGAAACUCAGCCCAGCAGGCUUCUUGCUGAACAAGAAGAAUGCCAUGCCAAUGGACAAUCUGGAGGCCCAUGCAACAUUGUCCCCAAUUGAAGAACGUCUUCAAACCAUGAAGACAAAGAAAACUGCACAGCAACACAUCUAUACGGAUAGCAGAGAAAGGGCUGCAAAAGCCAUCGCUGCUUCACCCAUUACCGUUCAACAGCAGUCACAACAGCAGCAACAGCAACAACAACUGCAGCAACAACAACAAGCCUCCAAGGAGAGCAAAGCUGGCUGGAGGAGUCGAAGCCUGCCCACCAGGGCGUCGGGUCGACCUUAUCCACCGAGUGGGGAGCACUUGUCUUUCAACUGGAGUCCACAGCUCAUGGGACAUGGAGCACCAGGGCCUACCUCAAACAGCCCCACAACUGGUCCCGAGAUGCCGCCCAAGGGAUCUUCAGUCGCCGGUAGUACGCCGAAAUCCUCGGCCAGCACGCUGCAGGCCAGGGAACGCAGUUACCAGCAGCAGCAAUACCCAUCCAGCCCAAACAUACCUAAGCACAUCAAGGUCAGCACAGCGCACCAACUCGGAGACAAAAACCAUGCCAAGAAGAAACCCAACGAGCCGUACUAUGCCGAACUGUACCCCGAUCCGCAGGACCAGCUGAGCCCGAAUCGCACACAAGCUGUACAGAUAACAUACCCGGCACGGCGAGGUACCUCAAUCUCAAACGGAAAGAUCAACGAAAUGCCGUCGGCCAAGGAUAUGUCAAAGCUUCACACUCUGCCCGCAAAGGUUAAUGGUGCCUUCGCCCGUGGAGAGUACAGCGUGGUCCACAAGAAAACACCAAAGGAGGUGAAGCGGCAAAGGAAGACAAUGAUGGAUGACGAUUGUGACUCAGCCUCACCGCCGCCUCCUCCCCCUACCAGGAGAGUUGAAGAGGACACCGCCAUGACCAUCACCACCGCAGCAGUAGCAUCAGCAGUAGUGAGUACAGCGUCAGCAGACACGCCGCAUGAAGAAGGCAGCAGUAGUGUUGUUAUCAAAGCCCCGGAGGACAACACGGCAGUAUUCAAUCCAAUUCAGCCACCGCGUGACACAAGUACAAAUAGUGAAAAUGAAGACGAAACUACAUCCGGCAUGGGUACUUCACCCAGAUCAGCAUUCGAACCAAUCAACAAGAAUGGCCGCAUAUUGAGGACGACAAGCCUGCCUGCUGGACCCAGACCAAACAUUCACACCCGACAUGUGCAAUGUCCUAUAGCUGAUUAUCAUCCUUCAAAGGAAAUGGUCAGCACCCUCUUGCAGAAGAUUGCAACCAUAGAGAGUCAACAAGAGAAGACAAUGGAGACGAUUGUGGCUGAACGAGACCAUCUACGCUCAGCUCUUCAGACUGAGACGCUCCUCCUGAGGAAUGUAUGUAAGCAAUAUGCCAGGAAUGACAGGAGGCAGAAAAUUCAGCGGAGGAAAAUGGAAGACCAGAUCCAAGCACUGCAGAGCCAGAUAGUAUCCAUCGCCAGACAUACAGCAUACUUUGUCAGCAGGCUAGAGGAGCAAACGAGCAGUGGCAGCGGCAGUGGUGCCACCAUAUUGGACAUGCCGGCGGCCACCAUAUUGGACAUGCCAGCGGAGGAAGAGGAUCCGGCUGACGGUGUACCAAACACGUUCUCCACGGAAGAAAUGGUGCGCCACUGCAUGGGCGGCAGCAGCGGGUUAGCUAUGCCCACUGUCAAUGAGGAUAACCUGUGCAGUGCCGUGUCGUUACCAAGCUUGUGCUCACAGACACCUUCACCUCGACCACACACUGUGAACGAGCAGGUGCAGAAAGCCACCUCCGAAGAAUCGCUACUGUACGAACGCCAGCAUGAAACCAGCAUGGAGCCAACACAACCAGAGACCAGUGAGGUGGAUGAAGAGCCACCUUACGAGCACAAUGACUGCAGCAAUGUGGAAACAAGGGAGGACGAUGCAUGCGAGCAUUACGACCAACAGCUAGGCGACUCGUAUGAUCUGUCUCAGGAGCUUACAGAUAUCCGACACGUCUUCUCACACCUAGAGAAGUUCAACUUCGGUGACAAUCGAAGGCACAGCCUGUCAUUAUCGGACAUGAUCGGUGAGGAGGAUACAGCAGGCUGUGAUCAUCACGACCAGCAAUAUACAGAUGACGAGUACCUGCUGCAGCACGUCAGUGAUGUCAGGUCGCCGCCUGAGCAGCCGCAGCGCUACAACGAGCGCAACAUCGACCUGGCCAUCAGGUUCUCAGAGCAGACUCAAGGCCCGAUUACUCCGCAGCACGUCGACUCUGAUGAUUUUCUGUCUCCCCAGCGGCACACAGCAAGUCAUGCUGGUGCUGCAAUCAGAGACCCAAGCGCAUCCAGUGUCAGCUCCGAGACAUGGACAUCGCCAAACCGUCUGGUCAAAGUCAAAAAAUUCUUUGGCCAGGAGCCGCCUCAACUGCUCCGAAAUGUCUUGAAGAGCAUUCAGUGUGAGCACUUGGCAAAGAAAUUUGAGAAGCGAAACAUCGGAAUUCUUGAGCUACCACUACUAACUGAGAAGCAGCUGAAGGACAUGAAAAUCCCAAAGACACCUCGCCAACGCAUUCUCAACCAAGCACGGAAAAUGCAAGCUGGACUCGAACAAUAGAACCGCUUCACUUUGUCACAAACAGCCCAUCAACUGGCUUCACUCUCAAGCUAUGGAUUCACAUCGAAGUUUCUCUCCAUUCCUAUCCAACGCUAGCAAUUCCGACCCCAUGUUGAAUACUACACAUUGUAUGCUACCCUAGGUGUAUUUCGUCAAAAUACCAGAUAUAUUAUAUACAAGUAUAUACAGUCGUGUUGACUGGCAUUAUGCUACACAGACCUGAAGUUUCAGUUUUUUUUUUUAGUAUCUAACUUUACCCAGAGGAGCAAGGACAAGUCAAUUAUUUCCCAGGAUAUCAUACAAAUAAUCCGUGCUAUUUCUAACAGUGACUCUACUGGCAAGCAUAUUUGAUUUCAGCAAGAAUGAGCACCAUUAUUAUAGCUUAGCAAUGUACGCAUACCUGUAUGCUGUGCAUCACUGAGACGACGGGAUUCGCACAGAUCUGUGUGAUCAACUCA